AUGUAUGGGCUUCUCUGCUCUCUCCUCCCAAUCACUGGAGUUCUUGCAGUUGUCAUUUUUAUGUGCUCUUUCUACAGCAUCCACCACAACCUAUAUGGUGUGCAGACAAAUUGGGGUGCAAGCACCACUGGUGAACCUGUGGAGCCUAUCAAGGUUGCUGUGGUUACUGUGAUUUUUUCUUCCCUACUUGAUCUAAAGUCAGUUGUUGAUGUAGUUUAA